CACCACCUCCGCCGCCGCCGCCGCCGCCAACUUCACCACCGGCUUCUCCUCCUCCUCCAUCUCGAGAUGGAGGCCGGAAACCAACUCGUGCCCACCGCCCCCAUCCGCUCCGCCAGCGAGCCGAUCCUCUGCACCCGCGUCGACUCCUCCGGCUCCGGAAGCGGCCGAUGGAAGCGCGUUGUGGUCGUCGGCGGCGGAAUUUCGGGAUCCAUCGUCGCCAAGUACCUUCAGUUCCACGCCGACGUCGUCCUCAUCGACCAGAAGGAGUACUUUGAGAUUCCGUGGGCGACGAUGAGGACGACGGUGGAGCCGGCGAUCGCCGACAAGGCCGUCAUCAACCACGCCGAUUACCUCGUCAACGGCAAUCUCGUCGUCGCGUCGGCGGUCGGCGUCACGGAGACGGAGGUCGUGACGUCGGACGGCGGGCGCGUGGGAUACGACUACCUCGUCGUGGCCACCGGCCACUCCUACUCGUCUCCCGGUUGCCGGCGAGAAAGAAUCGAAGAAUUCAGAGAAGCUAACUUGAAGAUGAGGUCUUCUAGCUCCGUUCUGAUCAUCGGCGGCGGGCCGAGCGGCGUUGAGCUCGCUUCCGACAUCGCGUCGAACUACCCGGAGAAGAAGGUCACUCUGGUCCACAGCGGCUCGAGGCUUCUGGGGUUCAUCGGCUGCAAGGCCGGCAACAAGGCCCUGGAGUGGCUGCGGUCCAAGAACGUUGACGUCCUCCUCGAGCAGACCAUCGAUCUGAACUCCCUUCCCGACUCCAACGGAAUCUACAUCACCUCCGCCGGCGAGGCCAUCGCCGCCGACGUCCACUUCGUCUGCGUCAACAACCCGCUGGGCUCGAAGUGGCUCCAGGAAUCCGUGCUCAGCGAUCGUCUCGACAAGCGCGGCCAGCUCAUGGUCGACGAGCACCUGCGAGUCAAAGGCCGGAGCAACAUCUUCGCCGUCGGAGACAUCGUCGACAUUCACGAGCGGAAACAGGGGAUACUGGCGCAGAGGCACGCGGCGAUCGUGGCGAAGAACUUGAAGGCGAUGCUGAAGGGGGAAUUGGCCGGGAAGGAGGGGAAGGAGGUGAAGCUGGGCAAGUACAAGCCGUCGGUUGCUAUCGCGAUGGUGUCGCUGGGGAAGAAGGACGCGGUGGCGCAGCUUCCGUUCACCACCAUGUCCGGCUUCCUCCCCGGGCUGAUCAAAACCAGGGAGGUGUUCCUGCGCAAGACGAGGAAGUUGCUGAGCGUGUGAAGAAAUUGACGGCGAUUAAGUGUACAUAAAGGAGUUGAA